AAGGAUUUGAGGUUGUGGGUGUAUAGGUUAGUGCCUGCUUUUUUUUUUUUUUCCUGCCCGGAAUCGAGUCUAAAGGUUUUCCUCAAAAUUUGCAUUUGGCCUCCGUUUGGGUCUGUAUGAUAAAUCCAACUUUUAAGGACCCCCAUGCUCCAGGAAGAAUCUGAUUAUCCAAAGCCCUGGUCUGAGUUUGAGGAGGCAUGAGAUUUUGGGAACCUGGGAAACUCUUCAGAACUGAGAGGGAAAAGCAAGGCACCUCCAGAAGGAGAACCAGACUGUAAAAUCUUAUCUUCUACUCAACACCUGUCCUUUCCUCUCUGGGAGAAAGUAACAAUGUCAGAAAGUGAAUAUCGGUCACCAGAAAAAGCUUCAACAGGCUAUUCAUUAGAAGACACACUGACAGAGACACCUCUGGAAAAUGAGGGUGAGAUCACAUCAGGUCCCUGUGAAGAAAGUUCUACUUCUGAUCAUAUGGUUGUGACCCCAAAGAUAGAUGCAGUUGGAUCCCAAAACCUAGACCCAGAGAGUGAACCUGCAAAUUCUGACAAAACAGAUGAAAGGAGAGCUCCAGAGAGAGAAAAAGAGAUGGAUCAUGUCCAAGACUCUCCAACAGGAAAAGAUGGGCAUUCCCCCAACCUCAAAGAAUUACCUGAAAAGCUCUUGGAACAAAACACAAGUGAAAAUAUAGGCAAAGCAUUGACCUCCCCAGAGAGCACUUUGUCAACACCAUCAGGUGCAGAGAAUGAGAAACUAAAAGUUCCACUGGAGCAGGAGGCUGUUGAUGUUCAACCACCAACUCCAGAUCCCAAGGAAACCCAGCCAAUCUCUGACAGAACGAAAACUUUGGAGCAAAAUGCAAGCAAUUCUUCAAGCGAAAAUGUAGAAAGAGCAUUGGGCUCUCCAGGGAACAGCUCCUUAACGCUCUCAAGUGAAGAAAAUGAGACACCAGAAGCUCCCCAGGAGCAACAGACUGUCGAUGCUCAACCACCAACUCCAGACCCCAAGGAAACCCAGCCAAUUUCUGACUUGACACCCAAGAAGGAAAGGAUCUUGAAGGAGCAUCACCCCCUACAAGAAAGUGCUGAAAGCCUUGGGCAACAAAGCAGAGAGCGAACACCUGACAGUGGAAGGGAAAUCAUUCGAAACAUUUUUUUGAAAUAUGAGUACUUCUUUUAUGCUUUCAUGGGUAUAGUCCUUAGUAUUUUCCUGAUCACCAAGAUGGAUUUAUAUUCGGAUUUAUAUUCUUCUCAGGCUCAGUCUGUGCCAGACAACCCUGCCCUGAAUGCCUUCUUGGCUGAAUUCAGCCUCCUAAAACACAAAUUUCCAGGCCAGAGCUCUUUCCUGUGGCAGAGGGGGCACAAGUUUCUGAAAAAGCACCUCAAUACUUCGCACCCCACAGAGCCAGCUACUGUCAUCCUGACAGCUGCUUGGGAAGGAAAGGAAACCCUCAAGUGCCUAAGCCACAACCUUGCGGAUGCCUACUCCUCGUUCAUGAAUCUCCCUGCCAUUCGGAUUGACGGCACUACACAAAGCCUGAAAGACAGUGAUGACUGUAAAGUUGAGGUGGAUGAGAAGCUGAGCUCUGGAUUCCGGAACGGCAAGAAGGCAGCCGUGGUUCACCGCUUUGAGUCACUCCCUGCGGGCUCCACCCUGAUCUUCUACAAGUACUGCGACCAUGAGAACGCGGCCUUCAAAGAUGUGGCCCUAGUGCUGACGGUCCUGCUGGAGGAGGAGACUCUGGGGAUGAGUUUAAACCCGAGGGAGGUCGAGGAGAAAGUGAGAGAUUUGCUCUGGGAUCGGUUCACUAACUCAGACACCCCCAACUCCUACAAUCACAUGGACUCCGAUAAAUUGAGUGGGCUGUGGAGUCGAAUCUCCCACCUGGUGCUGCCAGUCCAGCCGGUUAAAAUCAUAGAGGAGCAGGGUUGCAUUCUGGAAAACUGAAUGUUGAGAUGUAUCCGUGCCAGCCACAACAGUGGUAGCAAAGUGGGGUGUGGACUGCAUUGACAGCUUUGAUGAGUUUGGGGCUGAAAAGCACUGUUGGAUCCUUUUGUAAAAAUUCGCACUUGUGCCUUGUUUUUAACCUCUUGUGAAGGCUCUUCCUGAUUGAAGAGUGGUGAGGCUAAGCAGGUUAGGGUGCCAGUUGAGACUCCUGAUCAGCCAGAAUGAAGGUGUAGCACAGUGGCCUUUUUUUUUCCUCAAUUGAGGCAUUUUUAAAUGUCCGAAAAGAGAAAAAUCCAGAGAGCACAAUUGUCCUGGGAGAAUAAUUCAGGGGAAAACUAACCCUAGGAAUCACCAUUAUUUGAGUUACAGAGCAAUAGAGUUUUUUGGGUGAUGGCUGAUUUUAGGAGAUGGCAAUUAGAAUUACAGUUGUUUUACUUGGUCCAAUUCACAUUCAAUUUUAAGAACCGAUUUUUAUAGCUUGUUUGAACAGGGUAAGGUCUGAUAAUAGUAAUCUCUUUUAUGAGUGGUAUAGGCAGGAAAAAUAAAGCUCUUAUUCCAGUUCUGAAACAACAACUCAAAGGCCACUGCCAUCUCAAACUCAGAAGCUGUUCUGAUUGUCAGGGUGACAUCACAUAACUGUUGGAAGUGAUGAGAAUCCAAGCUGGUUAGUGAAAUUUAAGUGAAAUCAUUCUAGAGUGAUUUAAGGAAAUGUUUCUCAGAAGAUGGGAGAUUAGUAGUGAAGCAGAGUGAACAGAAUGUAGGAAGCUGUAAGAGAGGGAAAAGGUCAGAUAUGGUAAGGGUAGGUAGAUUUGGGCCUAUAUUGUUAAAAUAGCUGCUUAGGAACUGCCAAAUGUACAAGGUUUCAGGUAUUUCCCCAGAAACUCCCAGGGACCUAUAAGUUACUACUAGCUAUAACUAAUGCUCUGGGGAAGAUUUCCAUCCCAAAUAAAAUUUCUUAGAAUUACUCAGGGUGACAGUUCAACUUCCCUAUAAAUAGAUUUGAAUAGAAACAGCUAAUUUGGAAGGUAAUUUUUGGUUACAUAGUCCCUUAUUGGCAGCAGCAAGAAUGGGUCUCAUUCCAGGUAUCAGUCCCUCUCCCCGUCCAUUUCUAAGGCUUAUCCCUUCCUUCCAGGGGCUGUCUCCCACCAAAGCCUGACAGGAAAAAGUAGGGAUGGGCUUGCUUCCCCAAGCAAACUGCUGCUGCUCCUGCUGCUUCAGUGUUGCCUGAAUGAUUUCUAUUUGGAAUUUUACUAGGGAUUUGCAUACUCUAUAACAUUAGGAUUCAAGGAAAGAAAUGAAUAGAGUUGGGCACUAUUGAAUUUGCAUUAAUUUAAUUAGAUGCUUCAAAUGGUUAAUAUCUCCAGACAAAGAAAGAAUUUAUCCCCAACACAGGGAUAAGUACCUGUUUGCCCUCAGGAAGAUGGGCUUCUGACUUCUUUGGAGUACCACAGAGGAAUCACAGAGGGGAGAUCUGAACCACCAUUAGACAUCAAUUUUUCCCCAUUAUCUUCUAUGCUUUCUUGCAUCUGAAAAUAGUUGUGCUAUUUAAUAACUUCACAGAUUCAAGUCCAAGGUGCAAAGGAGAACUGAAAAAGAGGCCCAAAAAGCUUUACAAAUUUGGUAUGGGGGCUGAAAUGAAGAAUGUGUUGGUCUUGUCUAAAAUCCCAUAAUGCAAAUUCUGUUCAUGGAGCAAAAAGGUAGUGGCAGCAUAGCUUGGCAUGCUGAAUUCAGCCUCCAAAGAUUUCAUCCCCUCUGAUAGUACAGAACUGUGAAUGGAGCUAGGCUAGAGAAUGCGAUUCAAGUCUGAGUUGUCAGAAUUUGGGCCACUGAGUCCUUGUUCAGGUUGGCACCCCGUUAUCUGAUAUUUAGCAUUUUACUUACUACCGUCUCAUACAUUCUUUUUCUGCUGAAUGGGGAUGAAAAUGGUGGUAGUUAUCAAAUGUUUGUAUUCAGUUUCAAAGAAAGAGUAAUUUGAGAAGCCCAGGCUCUAUUUUUUUUUUUGGUAAGGAAAAAUCCACUACACAGAUACAUUAUAUCCAGAAUAAGCUGUCACAUAAUUAUUUUUUAAGUUGAUGUUCAAUCUUAAAAAGAAUCUGCAGUUGAUAAAAAUUCAUAUUUUUUAAUCACUUGAAAUGUGUUACGAGCUAACAUGACUUUCAAAAAUGCUUUUCAGGUAAAUAACAUGUCUAAUUUACAAACUAAGUACAAAAUUACCACUAAGGGCUCUAUGGAUAUUUUUCAUGUUUGUCUCCCAAAGAUUUCUAGAUGAAAAAGAAUUCCCCUACAAAAGUUUCCCUUUUAAAUAACACUGAGGUUGUGAAAGUAACUACCAGAACCAAAAAUCUUGACAGGGUUUGAGAGGUUUCCUGUGGUCUAAAAUUCAGGCCUGUUUCUCAUGACUGUUAGUGCAGUUGCCAAGACUGGUACUAGGUGUGUGAUCUCUUUGGUAGCUUUCCCAAGAAAUCAUUGCAAAUGUGCGUUAUUCCUGACUUGUUUCUAGAUCCAUCUGUCUCCCAAACAGAGACCAUCAGGUUGUGAGGUAGUUGCUGUUAUGGACUCCAAUUCUCAUUGAUUGGGUCCAGGAUGACUCUAUCAAGCUUAUUUCAGGUUGGUGUGCCACCCUGAUACUAUUAUUUCCCUAUAGCAAUGCUUCCCAACUGUUUUUCCGGUAAAUAACACUAAGCCAAAACAAAUAUGUGUAGGAAACCCUCUCAUUACCCUCCCCCUUUUCACUUCAGUUGUGUAGAGAUUUGUAAAUGAUUUCCAUAGACCACAUAAUAUAUGCACCAGCACCUCUCCACCUUAUUCUAUUGAAGAACACUUGUGUCACUUCCCUGUCCUAAACUCCCUACAUACGCGAACCCGUAGAUUGGUUUCUUCAGUCAGGAAAUAGUCUCACUUGUUUUCUCUGGUGUUUAGGGCACAAAUGUUGUUCUCUUUCAGGAAACGCUUCUGAGUUUCAAGAGUACAUAAAGACUGGAGCAAAAUAUUGGGAAACACUACCAUAGAAGAAAACCACCUCACUCUGCCUCUUCCUUAAUGAUCUAUGGAUCUAUGGCACUGAUUAGUGCCAGUUUUAGCUUCCAUGUUCCUGGCAUGCACUAAGUUCUCUGGCAAUCUAUUCAUUUUAUGUAGUGGGGGAUGCUUGUGUUUCUAUCUCCUGGGGAUAUUUAAGAAUGUGCCUUAUAUAAUUUUCUUGGUCACAACCAAAAAUAAAUCUCAAUUUAUCUAA